CCGCCUUCUUGAUCGCGGAUGCCCAAACAAGGUAAGUAUGAAGAAGAGAAGAGAAAAAAAAUUCAAAGGGAGGACGGGGACAGAUGGUAUUUAUAGGCGGCAAGACGGCGCUGGAACGGCGCUAGUCUAAGCGAGAUGGCGACAUGGACGUUGAUUGGUUGAGCCUGUUACAUAAACAUCUGGAGGCGGAGUAAUGUUAAUCCUUUCAGUCCGGAGCUUCUAUUUCUCCUUUUUGGGCAGUGAGUGGCACGUGACUGGGAGUUCGGGGAGAAUUUUGAGUGCGGGAAAGGGAAAAGGAAACGGAGACACCGCACCACCACGUUAUCAACAGCAAAGCUAUCAAGUGCGGGAUACAUACGAGAGAGAGAGAGAGAAAAAGGGAAUUUCCAUGGUCUACCCUCCCUACUGCACCAAUUGCUGAGUGUUGCAUCCGCGCAGCCAUGAGGACCAAUCCCUGGAAGCUCGUGAGGGCUGGAAGGAGGCCGGCGAAAGUCCUUCAGUCGUGGAACAAAGUCAAUCUCUACAACCUCAAACACGCCAGCAUUCCCCAUACCUCCAACAAAACCUUCUUCCAGCAGAAAUGGAUCGCCAAAUCCCUAGCCCGCACCUACCACGGCGAGCAGGUUCGCGAAUCGCAGUGGGAGAAAAUGUUCUCCCGUCGUCUGCGCUCUGUCGUACCCAUGGACGCCAAUUACCUGGCCCGAAAUGAUGGUUCCUUCGAGUCCGCAGGUCGAGGCUCUGGUGUGGAAGGUGUUGGUCCGCGCAAGGCCCCGCUCACGCCUCAUAUGCAAAUGACGUUUGCGCCGCUGGAGCGGAGGCUGGAUGUCGCUAUCUUCCGGGCCAUGUUUGCUAGCAGCACGAGACAGGCGAGGCAGUUUGUUGUACAUGGUUUCGUCACUGUCAAUGGGACUAAGAUGAGACAUCCAGGAUACCUUUUGAAUCCUGGCGACCUCUUCCAAGUCGACCCCGAGCGAGUAAUGUUUGCGACUGGUGCACCCAAGGACCCUCAACAGCGCCGCAGAGGUCGUAAACGGCGCAGUCGGACACCGACAGAGGCUGCCUCGGAGGAAGUUACCAAAGCAGACGAAGAAUCUGCAGAGGCCAGUGCAACUGAAGAAACGACUGCUGCAUCCACUGGGGGAGCCGGGGAAUCUACAGGAAACGCAGAAAACACAGGGCAAUCCAGUGAAAAUGCAGAAUCAAAAGAGCUAUCCCCCGAAGAGGCACGGAAUGCUUUAACCCGUCUCCUCUCCCAGGCUAAGGAGAUAAUGAACAACAAGGACGUCUCCGCCCCUGCUCAGAGACUUAAUCUCAACAAUUUCCGCAAGGGGGUCCGACAAGCCCUCUCUAGCGCCUUCUCCAGCACCAACAUCGUCGAAGACCUCGAAGCCCAAUUCCUCCAACUAAAAGCCCUGGCCGAGAAAUCCCCCUCCGACUCAAAAUCCACAACCGAAUCUUCCACUUCCACCUCCACCUCCUCCACCUCCACCUCCUCCGCCAAGCUCCCCGAAUCCAUUCUCCCCACGUCCACCUCUUCAGACACAUCCUCAACAAAACCCACCUCCUCGCCCAGCACCCCUCAAGACCCUGUCCUCGCGGCUGCCCUCAAGCAAGCAAUCGAAAACCCCACCGCCCCGCUCGAUGAAACAACGCUUCCACAGAUCUCGGAAGAAGACCUCGCCGUCCUCCGCCAGGCGCUGUACCAGAUGCACGAGAACCCGCUUGACAGUCUGAAGCCAUAUGCCACCCCCUGGCGGCCGCGCGACUACAUGAGCGCGUUCGCGUUCAUCCCGCGGUAUCUGGAGGUGAAUCAGAAUAUCUGUGCGGCGGUGUAUCUGCGGCAUCCGGUUGCGAAGCCGGGGAGGUCAGAGGUGCCGUCGCCGUAUCCGGAUUCGAUUAACGGGGCGGCGUUUGUGUGGUAUUUGAGGAGGAGGUAGAUCUAGUUGUGGCUUGGUUUUUGUUGGGUGUCAUUCUGUUUGUUGUAUUGGUAUGGACUUUUUCUUGUAGUGGCGGUAGAGAAAAGGAGUAGGGGUUUUUUUUUCUUUUUCUUUUUCUUUUCUUUUCAUUUAUUUAUUUACGUGCGUGUUUAAUUGUGAUAUAUAUAACACAGUGUAUAGUAGAAUACUUUUUUAUAUCUUGGUGAGCUCUAUUGUUUGUUUAUCCUAUUGUGACACAUUUUGUGUCCACCCUGACGGGGUGGAGAUAGCGUAGUGGUAGAAGCGCUAUCCAUGGAAGGCCCAUGGUAAGUAGAAACUGGCUAUGAGAAGAUGAACCCUUCUGAGAGACACCAGGGUUGCAGAUUCAAAUUCUGUCUUCAUCAUCACAAGAUAUAUAUAUAUAUAUAUAUAUUCAAUAGACAGUUCUAGUAUA